GUUAUCUCAAAUUCUGAGACGCCAUUUCUGCAGUUGAAUCAAAUCUACACAGAAGAAGAAACGAGGGGAGAAGAAGAAGAAGAACAAUAAUAAUAAUAAUAAUAAUAAUAUAUGUAUAAAAUAUAUAUUCAAGAACAAUACUGUAUACAUAUAUAAAUAUAUAUACAUACAUAAAAGUGCAACAAAGGACGAUGAUACUCCAAACACAAGCUCACCAACUGUUCCUUCUCUCUUCUUGCUCGUCUACUUACAGUCCCAAUAAGGGCGAACGGCAUUAUCCUCAUUAUCAAGUUCAAAUAGGCCUCCAUACUCACAGGUAUCCCGUUUUAGCUAUAGCCAUGUCUACCACUACUGCUACUACAACUCGCAGAAGAAGAAAUCGUUUCAGAUCAGCUGCCACUGUCUCCGCUUCUUCACCUUCACCGGACAAGAAUGAUGAUGAAGAAGAAAGAAAGGUGCCUGAGCUACAAACGCUCUUCAGAAGAUUUUGGAAAGUGGCAGCGCCGUAUUGGUUCUCAGACGAUAAGGUUAAAGCCAGAUUGCAAUUGGCUGCUGUAUUUGCUCUCACUUUAGGCACUACUGGUAUAAGCGUUGGCUUCAGUUUCCUUGGCCGUGACUUCUAUAACGCCCUUGCUAACAAGGACCAAGAACAGUUCACCAAGCAACUUCUCUAUUACCUUGGAGGCUUCGCAGGAGGAAUUCCGUUCUUUGUGCUAAGAGAUUAUGCAAGAGAAACUCUUGCACUGCGUUGGAGAUCUUGGAUGACAAAAUAUUACAUGGAGCGGUAUCUGAACAAUCAAGCAUUUUACAAAAUUCAAUCCCAAUCAAUUGUUGAUAAUCCAGAUCAGCGGAUUGUUGAUGAUCUAAGUUCCUUCACGGGAACAGCCCUUGCUUUCUCAUUGACACUUUUCAAUGCAGCUGUAGACUUGAUAUCAUUUAGUAACAUCUUGUAUGGCAUCUAUCCGCCACUUUUUAUUGUUCUUCUUGUAUAUUCUCUUGGUGGAACUGCAAUUAGUGUUUAUCUUGGAAGGGGAUUGGUGACUCUAAAUUUCUUACAAGAGAAAAAAGAAGCAGAUUUCCGCUAUGGGCUUGUUCGUGUUCGGGAAAAUGCUGAAUCAAUUGCUUUCUAUGGUGGUGAAGAAAACGAAUUGCAACUUCUGCUGCAGCGCUUCACAAGUGCUUUUGAGAAUUUAACAGAAUUGUUGAUAUCUUCCAGAAAUCUAGAGUUUUUUACCAACGGCUACCGAUACUUAAUUCAAAUCCUUCCUGCUGCUGUUGUUGCACCCAUGUAUUUCUCAGGAAAAAUUGAGUUUGGGGUAAUUAAUCAGUCAGUAUCUGCUUUUAAUCAUAUCCUUGGAGAUUUUUCUCUCAUUGUUUACCAGUUUCAAGCCAUCAGCGCUUUUUCAGCUGUCAUUGAUCGAUUAGGUGAAUUUGAUGAUGUGUUGGAUAGCAGCAGCUCUAAAUGCCUCUCCGACUCAGAAGAGAUUUCUCUUUCAUACUGUAAUGUCAGUAGCUCACUUGUUUUGGAGUCUAAUGGGUCCAUGCCAAUAGACAACUUUCAAAAAUUACUCAAUGUAGAGAAUUUGACUCUACAAACGCCUACUAGUAAAGCGACACUGAUUAGGGAAUUGUCAUUGGUGAUCAACGAGAAAGAUCAUUUGCUGGUGACUGGACCUAGUGGGAGUGGUAAAACUUCUUUGUUAAGAGCACUGGCUGGCCUUUGGAAAGUUGGAAGAGGAAAAAUAACUUUCUAUGUAAAUGAUGGGUAUGAUUCUCAAUUACACACUUCUUCAGAAGAGUCUUCUAUUGAAGACCAUAGGUCACAUGAUAAAGUAGAACUUGAUAGGCCAGUAAGUAGAAAUUCUAGAGGCAUAUUUUUUCUUCCGCAGAGACCGUAUAUGGUCUUGGGAACCCUUCGUCAGCAAUUGUUGUACCCUACGUGGAUUGAUGACAUAAUUCCCAUGUUGGAUGGUACCAAACUAACUGCAGGUCCGAUGUCGUUCCUGAUGGGUAAACCAAACUCAGAAAAUAUGCAGGGAAAGCCCAAUAAGCCCACAACAGAUGAUUUAAUACGAGUCUUAGAGAAUGUUCGUCUUGGCUAUAUAUUUUCACGUUUUGGUAGUCUGGAUUCAACACACGAGUGGUCUAGUGUUCUUUCCCUCGGUGAGCAGCAACGUCUUGCUUUUGCCCGUCUUUUGCUUUCUAAACCAAGGUUGGUUCUAUUGGAUGAAUCUACUAGUGCCUUGGAUGAAGCCAAUGAGGCACAUCUUUACCAACAGAUUGAAGCAGCAGGCAUAACCUAUGUUAGUAUUGGCCACAGAAGAACUCUUUAUGAACACCACAACAUGAUCUUACAUAUAUCCUCAGUAGAUCCUUACAGCAAUGAACGUAAUUGGCACUUCGACUCUAUAAGUCCUGGAGCAUUGUCUGAUUUGGCAAAUCAGUAAUGAGUGAUGGUGAUAGUUGCAUUACAAUCAAUUUCUAAUGAAUGCAUGGUUUAUAGGAUCCUAGCUUGUCUAAAUUUCUUCUCAACAUAAAGGUAGAACAAGAAUGUUAUAUUUGUUGGAAGAAAAGACAGAGGAGAGAAUUUGAUAUUUGGAAAAGCACACAUUUGAUUUUAUUCAUGACAUUUAUAUUGGAAAAGCACACAUUUGAUUUUAUUCAUGACA